CCAGUCCCAGUCCCAGUCCCAGUCCCAGUCCCAGUCCUCCAAGGACCCAAACUCCAAUCCUCCCCGUCCCAGCUGGCCGCCCAGUCGCCCUCUUUCCUUUCUUCCCACUUCACGCCCGUUCGUCCCAGCCCUUGUUGUACGUAGCCUACCCUUCAUGAUAUCACGUACACUUGUCGUCGCUUCCUUCUUGUGCUCCGCUUCUCUGCCGCCCAAUUCUGCAAUUCUUUCCUCCUCUCAUCCUCCUCCUAUGCCAGACUGACCAAAGGAAAAAAAGACUUCGCUCGCUAUCAACAGCGCCAGCAUACCGAAGCCUCCACCCUUCGUCUCGAAUACAUGCGAACUCUCCGCGCGACGGUACCCGCAACUGCGAAACGACAAAUCCCCCCUCUCCCGAUCGCCCCUACUCACACAAAAACCCAAAAGGAUCCGUACACGCCUCGACUUUAGGAACAAACAUCACGUCCAUGAUCUCGGCCAAUCCGAUUUCGUACGACUACAAUCGAUGCCAAUCCUGGUGACCGUCGGAACCACCGCGCUACCGCUGCUUCGUCGCCCGCACUUGGUGAAGUACCAUUCAUGAGACUCCUGGUCGAUACCCCGACCACAUCUUGCCUUCCAAUCCCGACGACUUUAUCACGAAGCCUGCUUCAUUGAAUCAUUCGUCGCGCAUUGCCCAUCCACCUGGACACUGAAGACGUUGCGCCGCCGUGCUGCUUCUCGACAGGACUGGGUCGCCGUCCUCGACUUGUCCCGCUGCGAAAGCUCAAGAAUUGCAAGUUUGAUCAAUCGCAUCGUCACGCUCGUAGAUCUUCUUUGCCCUUGUGGCCAGAGCGCUCCGGUCGCGAGACUGGUUGCUCCCCAAAGCCAUGAUGGACAAUGCCACUUGCCAUGUCGUCUACGUGAACCGCCAGGUUCGCCAGGACAGGCUUAUCCGACCUAAUACGCAAAAUGAUCAGCCACUAGACGUUGCCGACUCCGUCGUGCAGGAGGAUGACGAUAUUCAGAAAGAUGCAGAACUGCUACUGGACACUUUUGGAGAAGUUUAUCUUUGUUCCACAGGCUCGGCCUGCAUAUCUACCCUCUUCCAGCUUUCGGACGAGUCCAUGAUGGACCUUACGCCAACGCUGGUUCUAAUUGAUGUGCCCCACGACGAACGGCUACCCAGAAUCCGGUCUCGGUCUAGAUCACCAUCGCCGCACUCGCGCCCGACUACUGCUGACAUCAACAUUCACACUCCUGAGGAGGAUGUCUACGGCCUCAAAUUACUGCAGAGGAUCAUGACCGAGUCGCAUCUGCGUAGCCUAUCAAAGCUGAUCGUGCCGAUACCCAUCGUGAGCUUUUCGCCUGCCGAGGAUGGUAGCGCAACGAUUCCGGCUAGCGACGAUGCGAAACCCAAGCCUUCGGCGUCAGUGGACCGACGCCUGAUCAUCCGGUGCCUAGAUCUAGGAGCCGUGGAUGUCAUCAUCAGCCCUUUACACCUCAAAUGCAUCACGAGUCUCGAGAUCCAUGCUUAUCGGGCGCAUAAGGAUGCGGCCCGUGAACAGCAAGAAAUGCUCGAAGUACGGCGCGGCAGAAAACGGUCAUGGGUUGGAGUGAACGAGGAGAAACCAUUUUCCUACCUCAGGGAAGCCAUGGUAUCCGGUCUCAUGAGGGGCAUCUGUCGGUCAGGCGCGGAUUCUGACGACGAUCGGAUCUCCAACGUUAGCAUUGCCGUUUCUACCGAUCGCCAAGCUGCUGUCGCUGCCGCCGUUGGUCAGUGGCACUUUUGUGCGCAUAGUUUCACAGAUGACGAGCUCCUUGUUGCGGCCAUGGUGAUGUUCAAGCAUGCCUUGACAAUGCCCGAGUUGGAUCGCUGGCGGAUACCGACAGACCAACUCAUAAGCUUCCUGGUCGCUUGCCGGGCUGCAUACAACAACUUUGUCCCUUAUCAUAACUUCCGCCAUGUCGUUGAUGUUCUACAGGCUACUUUUCACUUCCUGGUUCGUGUUGGUAUUCUUGCGCCAUAUCCCGCCGAUCCCUUGGCGGAUCAAGAUCCACCGCAGAGCUCCCCAAUGGCAAAGCUGCUCCAUCCGUUUGACGGCUUGACGCUCUUGAUUACGGCAAUUGGACAUGAUGUCGGCCACCCAGGUGUCAACAACGGAUUUUUGGUCACUCUCAAUGCCCCUCUGGCACAGUUGUACAAUGAUCGAUCAGUGCUCGAGUCGUUCCAUUGCGCCGCCUACUCACAGAUCCUUCGGCGGUAUUGGCCAAGCGCUUUCGAAGAUACCAAGAUGCGGCACCUUAUGAUCAGCUCCAUCCUUGCCACGGACAUGGGCCUGCAUUUUGAUUACAUGAAAAGGCUCGGAGAUACCCAGGACAAACUGGACGUUGACAACACAACUGAUGGUUGGAAUGGCCGUAUGCAAGAGGAGCAAAAGGCUCUCGUAUGCUCACUUCUCAUCAAGUGUGCAGACAUCAGCAACGUGGCAAGGAAGCACGAAACCGCGCUGAAGUGGAUGUACAUUCUUUCGGACGAGUUCUCUCGGCAAGCUUCCAUGGAGAGCGAGUUAGAAAUCACGUCGUCUCUCUUGUCGCCUCCGAAGAAGGACUUGAUCUCACUGUCUAAGGCCCAGCUAAGCUUCAUGAACCUAUUCGCCAUCCCUCUUUUCCAGGGAGUGGCGGACAUAUUGCCAGCAAUGAAAUACACUGUUGACGAGCUCGAAAUCAAUAAAGGUCUUUUUGAGCAACGGAUCAGGGAAGAGCAAGCGAAGGAGGAUCCCAUCCGCAAGAGACUUCUGCGCAACGACGGCGCCUUCUCCCCACGGACUAUGAGUUUGGCCGGCGGGCCCGAAGGAAGCAGAGACUCCAUGACCCCGCGGGUGACGACGCCUCUGACCGAGCUUACCAUACCGCCCCCGCUGCUCGACGACUUAAAGCAGGAAGAUGAUGGGCUGUCCCAGGAGCCAGCGGGCUCGGAGCACACAACAGCGCUCAUCACUGACGUGCCGGAGCCGGAGGACCCUAAGGAGGUGAACGGCAUCGUGACGUCUUUCGAUUCCGUGGCGGACUUUGCCGCAAGCGAUCCAUUCCACUGCAGAGACAGGGCUAGUAGCUCGCCGGACAAUCAUCCCGGCCAUAACGGCAAGCAGCGGUGCAGCGAGACGACGGACGGCAGCACCACGGGUCCGUACACUGGGGACUGGGCCUCACAGGCAACGAGUGCCACCACCGGCAAGAUGCCUUUGUCGCCGAGCACUCAAGGCACUAGCAUUGUCAGCAGAGAGUCGACGGAGCAGCUUCCAGGCGUGCCCACGAUCUCGGAGCCAAAGCCAUUCGCCGAAGUCAAGCCCGAGUCUACGUUCCUGGACCACGACGUCAACGGACCUCACUACGACGCCAACGGCUCUCACUUGUCGAACGGGUCUUUGGGCAAAACAGAAGGCGGCAAGGUUGUGAAGAAGAAAUCUAGUAGAUUCCGCAUGAAUGCAUUCCAGUUCUUUCGGCGGAACAGAGCGUCGAGCCCGUCCAUGUCAGCGGCCGACGCAGCUACCUGAUAAACCAGGGAUCUUGAGCGAGACGAGCCGAUUCUGGCAUCUACAUUCGAAUGGUGCGGCACAGGCACAGGAAAGCCACGACUGUGGUGGCUCACGCAGAUUUCCCAGCGAUCGAUAUACCCGAGCCACCACAGACUUGUUAAUCUAAUCGCGAUCCGAGAUGAUGGGAGCAGCGCCACAGUCGAACAAAAGAAUUGUAAAGCACAGUAUACGGAACUCGCGAUUUAUGUACAGUAUUGGGGAUGGAGUUAAUGCGUAUUGGGUGUUUGAGUGCUUCGCCUACAUUGGCGACGAUAACGAGGGGAAUACGGCCGCGCAAGUCAUGAGCUGGAUGGCAAGGCCUACGACAUUGCUCUUCCGGGGUCUCGACCGCCUGCUCAAAAGUAGGCUGGGUGGGAGGCGGCGUUCUGGGCAAGUCGGCAGGUUGUGACGAUUUCAGCUUUGGGACAGUCAACAGACGGUCUGAUAUUGGGCAACAAUGGCGGAAAUGCCAUAUUUUGGUCUGGCUAGUGGGCGUGCUAUCGGACCAUGGGAUGGAUGGAAGGAGUAGGUAUGUGAAGGCAACGGCUAGACAUAGCCGACAGCCCACAGUAGAUGAUAGCAAAUUCUAACAAGUUCACUAUGA